AUGAAGGCCCCGCUGGCUGUAAAUGAGGUGAAUACAGCGUAUCGGACCCCCAGCGGAAACCAGGGGGAAGAGACGCGGGAUCCAUUAAACCAAUUUAGAAUGCAAGGAAAACAAUCAUCACAGCGCAUCUGGGCAUGUGUUCCAAAGGUCUCCCAAUGCCCUCCACUGUGGCUCAUCAUGGCCUCAUUGGAAUGGAUGACUGGCAUGUACUGUAUGCAAGGCAAGCACUCCACACUGCAACAAGUGCUGACCUGCUGUGUGUGUCAUCUCCAGGGGAUCCGGGGGCUUCCUGGAGGGGCGGGGCCAACAGGACCUCAGGGAGAGAGAGGAGCACUUGGACAGAAGGGAUCAACAGGUCCAAAAGGUCCACAGGGAAUUCAAGGCCCCCAGGGAGACCCUGGAGCCAGUGGACGCGAUGGCCCAAAGGGAAGCGAGGGGGAGCGAGGUUCCGAUGGCUCUCCAGGAAUGCCAGGCCAAAAGGGCACACCAGGAGAGGCAGGCUUCCUUGGGUCCCCGGGCACUAAUGGCCUACCUGGGUUCAAAGGUCCCAAGGGAGAAACUGGAGAGGCGGGUCCCAGAGGAAGUCAGGGCGAACGAGGCACCGAUGGGGCCCUUGGGAACCCCGGCUUACCGGGUGAAGCUGGACCCAGGGGAGGCAAAGGACAGAAAGGCCUCACGGGGGAUAUCGGUGUCAGAGGCACCGAUGGGAAGAAAGGGGGCAUGGGACACGUGGGGGCCGCUGGCCCACGGGGAUCUCCCGGCGAGGACGGGUUGCCUGGGCAACCGGGAACGCCGGGCUACCCUGGGAAGCCUGGGAAGCCUCCCUCUGACGACCACAUGAUGAAGCUCUGCGGCGAUGUGUUGCGGAAUCAGCUCCCCCAGCUGCUGCAGACACUAGCCCCUCUCAGCAGAUGUGAGCCGUGUGAGACGGUGAAGGGACACCCGGGACAGCCUGGAGCACCAGGACUCAAAGGUUCCUCAGGAACCCCGGGCUAUCCCGGUAGAAUCGGCUCACCAGGAUACCCAGGAACCCCCGGCAUGCAGGGGCACCAGGGAGUCAAAGGUGACACUGGACCAAGAGGACUCAAAGGCACCAAAGGAGAGGGUCAUCCAGGGUUGCCAGGCCCUACUGGACAGUCAGGAGUUCAGGGGCCUCGCGGAUCGGAUGGCAUCGGACGCCCGGGCACUCAGGGGAUGCCUGGGAAGUCAGGAAGUCCCGGAAUGCCAGGGAAACAAGGGUCAUCAGGACUACCAGGAGUGUGUGACAUGUCUUCUUGCUACCAGGCGUACAACCUCAGGAAUGACCCCUACAGCAAAGGGCCCAACUUCUGAGAGGAAGGGGCCCCUAGAGGGGAGGACGGGCUUCAAUGUGGGGGUCAAGAUGCAACGUCAUACAGUACUUUAAGACAGUGAUGUCCAAUCUUUUCGGCAAAGGGGAGUGUUUAGCUGCAGGCUUUUGCUCCAGCCAUACACUAACACACCUGAAUAUGGAAUAAAGGUCUGCACCCACACUGGUUCUUUGCGUAUAAGAUUGGACAUCUAUGCUUAAAAGCCCUCUCCUCGUGGACACCCAGACGUUUCACAUAUUUGUUCUAGCCCUGAACUGGCACACCUGAUUCCAUUAGUAAAGGGCUUGGUGAUAAUUGACUAAUUGAAUCAGGUGUGCCAGUUUAGGGCUACAACAAAUAUGUAUAAAGACCUAUGGUCCCUGAGGAGACGGUUGGGAAACCCUGUUUAAGGCAUAUGGGAGUCCACUUUGCUGUUCAGUAGAAAUAUUUGUCCCGAUUAACUGAAACUAGGUCUAUAUUGAGACAUAUGCGUGGUUUCAUAUACUGUAUGUUUGUAGGUUUCAGGAUAAAUUAUAGAAACCAUAUGUUUUGGACUUUUAAUGGUGAUUGUCCAAUGAGAAUCAUCAUAGUCCUUGGUACUGUAACGCUACCUCCUUGCUGGACACGAGGCAUUACAUACAUGUAUAAGUACACCAGUGAAAAAUGUUUUGUAAAACCAGGGUGUGAAACAUAUUUAAAAAAUGUUAUACCAUAAGAUUUUGUUGUCAAGCCCUCCAUAUGUAAAUAUUUUACAGCAUGUCAAAAUGUAAAUAUGUUGUGGGCUGAGGUAAACACAGAGUAACUGCUAAUUAGUACAAUAACAGGCUACCUGGAUUCAACCACAGAAUGUGCUAAUAUAGUGUGCCUGGUGCAUUUUUACAAGACAACAUUGUGAGUAUUUCGGCUUAAAAUGUAUCCCAACUACGAAAACUGUACUGUAGAUAAUAUAUUAAUUCACCUUGUGCCUUUAUAAACCCAUACCAUAAAUGAAAUUAAACCUCAGGAACUACUUCAAAUGUGUUUUGCAUAUCUUUGUUAAAACAUGUUCUUUGUUUGAUACAGCCAAAUGAUUCAUAUUACAUUGUCCAUACUUCAUGUAAAAAAAAUAUGUUACUUUAAAUAUCAUACUAUACCUUAAAAUACUACAGUAUACCUCCUGAUGUAACUACAGGGGCUACAUGAUGUGCUAUACCUCCUGAUUUAACUACAGGGGCUACAUGAUGUGCUAUACAUCCUUAUUUAACUACAGGGGCUACAUGAUGUGCUAUACCUCCUGAUUUAACU